AUGACACGAGUAGUGGUUACGGCAGGUAAAUCAGGUCUCAUCUCCACAUCCACUCUUCCCGAAUAUGAAUCUCAAGGAUGGAACAAGAUCCCGUCCCAAGUCAUAGGAAAAGUCCCCGAAGGACCCAUAUCGGAACAUAAAUGGACAACUGAAGAUCAUUUCGAUAAAGCAGAAGCAAGAAGACUCGCAUUAUUCUCCCAAUAUGCAAUUGCAUCAACCACAGAAGCUCUCCAAUCAGCAAAACUUCUCCAAGAUUCAAAAAUUACAAUUCCAGAUCUUACGAAAAUUGGAGUAGCUGUAGGCAGUGGUAUUGGUUCUUUCCAUGACGCCUAUGACAACUCAGUAGCAUAUUCUAAUGGCGGAUACAAGAAAACCCAGCCACUUUUUAUCCCCAAAUUAUUAACCAACAUGGCAGCCGGGAACAUCUCCAUCAAGUAUCAACUCAAAGGACCACUUCAUUCCGUCGCAACGGCAUGUGCAACUGGAUUACAAGCUAUUGGAGACGCCUACAAUUUCAUCAGGAACGAUUAUGCUGAUGUCAUGGUAUGUGGAGGAACCGAAUCCUCGAUUCAUCCGCUUGCACUUUCAGGAUUUGCCAGGGCCCGGUCAGUCGUGACUGAUUUCAACGACGAACCAACCAAGGCAUCCCGUCCUUUCGAUGCCAAUAGAAAUGGGUUUGUGUUGAGUGAAGGUGCUGGGAUAUUAGUGAUUGAAAAAUUAGAACAUGCAUUAGCUCGUGGAUUGACGGAAAAAGAUAUUUUUGCGGAGGUUAUAGGAUAUGGAUUAUCCGGGGAUGCGCAUCAUAUUACUGCUCCACGUGAAGAUGGAGAAGGGGCAUAUAAUGCCAUGAAUCAGGCGUUGAAAAAAAGUGGGAUUAAGCCCGAAGAAGUGGAUUAUGUGAAUGCUCAUGCGACCUCGACUGUGAUUGGAGAUCGGGCGGAAAAUAAUGCCAUGAAGAGAUUAUUUCCUGAUGGAUUGACCGUUUCGUCUACAAAAUCGUCGAUUGGGCAUUUGUUGGGUGCCGCGGGGGCAGUGGAGGCGAUAUAUACUGUUAAAGCAAUUGAAACUGGUGAAAUUCCACCUACUUUGAAUUUGGAAAAUGUUGGUGGUCAUAAAGAUGAUGAUGCUAAUCAAUUUAAGUUUGAUUAUGUUGCUAAUAAAUCAAAAACUAUGGAUGUUGAAUAUGCAAUGUGUAAUUCAUUUGGAUUUGGUGGUGUAAAUAGUAGUGUCUGUUUUGCUAAGUAUAAACCAUAG